GCACAAAGUGACGGGUGACAUGCCACAUCAGUGAUGGAGCCCAUGACGGUAACAACGUCGAUGGUCGGGCCGGACGAGUUCGACCGCAACGCCCCACGGAUCUGUGGCGUGUGCGGCGACAAGGCCACCGGCUUCCACUUCAAUGCCAUGACCUGCGAGGGCUGCAAGGGCUUCUUCAGGCGCAGCAUGAAGCGCAAGGCCUCCUUCACUUGUCCAUUCAACGGAAGCUGCACCAUCACCAAGGACAACCGGCGCCACUGCCAGGCCUGUCGACUCAAGCGCUGCGUCGACAUCGGCAUGAUGAAAGAGUUCAUCCUGACAGAUGAGGAGGUUCAGAGGAAGAAAGAAAUGAUAUUGAAGAGGAAGGAGGAUGAGGCGGCCCGGGAGGCGAUGAGGCCGCGGCUGAACGAUGAGCAAGCUCAGAUGAUUUCCUCUCUGGUGGAAGCUCACCACAAGACCUAUGAUGACUCCUAUUCUGACUUCUCCCGCUUCAGGCCUCCAGUGCGUGAAGGCCCAGUAACACGCAGUGCCAGCAGAGCGGCGUCCCUUCACUCUCUGUCCGAUGCCUCCUCUGACUCAUUCAACCACUCUCCCGAGUCCGUGGACACCAAGAUGAACUUCAGCAACUUGUUGAUGAUGUACCAGGAUGGCGCCAGCAGUCCAGACUCCAGCGAGGAGGAUACUAAGCUCUCCAUGCUCCCUCAUCUGGCCGACCUGGUCUCCUACAGCAUCCAGAAGGUCAUUGGUUUUGCCAAGAUGAUUCCAGGCUUCAGAGAUCUGACAGCCGAGGACCAGAUCGCUCUGUUGAAGUCAAGUGCCAUUGAGAUCAUCAUGCUGCGGUCCAACCAGUCAUUCAAUCUGGAGGACAUGUCCUGGAGCUGCGGAGGGCCCGACUUCAAAUACUGCGUCAAUGAUGUCACAAAGGCGGGCCACACUCUGGAGCUUUUAGAGCCGCUGGUGAAGUUCCAGGUCGGUUUGAAGAAACUCAACAUGCACGAAGAGGAACACGUGCUGCUCAUGGCCAUCUGCCUGCUCUCCCCAGAUCGUCCAGGUGUCCAGGACCAUGCCCGCGUCGAGCAGCUCCAAGACCGUCUGUCGGAGGCGUUGCAGGCCUACAUCCGCAUCAACCACUCGGGCGGACGCCUCCUCUACGCCAAGAUGAUCCAGAAACUGGCCGACCUGCGCAGCCUGAACGAGGAGCACUCCAAGCAGUACCGCUCGCUCUCCUUUCAGCCGGAGCACAGCAUGCAGCUCACCCCGCUGGUGCUGGAGGUGUUCGGCAGCGAGGUGUCAUAGCAGAGAAAGAGGCCAGCACGUCCACCUGUACUCCCUCAUAACACACAGGAUGAUUAACCAACCCUUUCCACCGUUUCCCCCAAGAAAACCUGGCAUUGAUACAUCUCUGGACAUGUGGGAGAAAAGACGGAUAAUCAGACAGAUGGUAACAUUCACCUCUUCAUCUUUGGCCCAUUCUCCUCUUCUUCCUCCUGACCUCUAGGAGCGAUACUCAAACGCCUGGACCUGUGGAUUUUUUGGAUUUAUGACACCUGAUGAGGCUGUGGAUCUCUGCAGCACUUUGACAGGCUUUGGAAAACACAGUACAAGCCUCACAUUUCAUCACGUCAUGCUGCUGUUGUGAUGUCUGGAACAGAUUUGACAUCCAGAUCCUCUCCACAUCCACAAACUCCAGAUUUGCCUUCUCUCAUCACCACCUUUCUCCGGACAUCACUUCUAGAUCUCUGCCAUGUUUUUACAGUGGAGACAGCUUGAUGGAGGUGACUGUCACGUCCUUUUAUUUUACCAUCAUCUUUAUAACAUCUCUUCAGGUUCACAUCAACAGCUCCAUCAGUUACCCACGCUGGCACUUGUGAGGGACAGAUACAUUUCUAGCAGUGUGACUUCACUUGUGUUACUUAGUUAUAAACCAUCAUUGAUCUACAGUUUGUUGACAGCCAAUACAUCCAAAUAUAUUCAACAUCAACAUGAUGAGCGAUGGGCGAUCUUAAAAUAAUGUAAUUAGGGAUGCACCGAUCUGACUUUGCCACUCCUGGUACAGAUAUUGAUACCCGGGCCUUGGUUAACGGCUGAUAACGAGUAUCAAUCAAAUAUCAGUGUUAAAUUAAUAAGUGACCAAUCUUAUUAUCAGCUGAAGAACUUGUUAGUUUAGGAAGCAUUAAAUACCUCCAAACUGACCCUUUGAUUUUGGCUCCCUCUAUGCUAUGUCAGUUAGCAAAAUCUACUGUUCUACCGAUGUGCUGCUGAUGCACGACGAAUUGAACAGAAUAUAUUGCUCCCAUAUAUUGGCCCUAUUGUCACCAAUUCCCGAUCCAGUUGUUCAAUAUCAGUGCAUCCCUUUGGCGUAAUUGAUAUACUCUGUUCGCUAUUGAAAAAGUACUUUGUGAGGAUGAGAGUCCAGCAGAUGUCUUCUCCUGCUCAGCCCGUGUCUGUGUGUAGGAGACAUCUCAGAUGGUGGAAGGAAGUCUUAAGUCGGAGGGUUUGGGUGAGAUUUGGAGGAUUGAGUGAAGGAGAUUGGAGAGAUGGAGGAUGGAGAUGCUACAGUUGAAAUUUCCUGCUCACCAGUCUACAGGGAAAUUAUCACAAAAAGAAUGUAUGUAUAAUGCUAUAUAAAUAUAAAUGAUACGUAUAAGCUUAUAUAUAUAUCUAUAUAAAUAUAUAUAUAGAUAUAUUUAUGAGAGCAAAACAAGUUUGCUUUCAUGAAGCUAAUUGUUCUGACCGUUGUAUAAUGUAGAGGAUUUGAAGGCUCCUCCUCAGUUGUGUGUGUGUUCUCUAUGGAAAGACAUAUGUACACACACACAAGAAAGCACUGAGAAGUGUGUGAGGAGUCCUUCUAUUUUUGUGAUGCGUGUACAGUGUAUGAGAAUAUUGAUGGACCACAAGGGGGUGUGUACAGGCUCUGACUGGGGGUUCAGUGCAGGGAAGCACUUUUCUGUUGGAUUUUACUCGUUAUUGGACCUGUGAAGUUGGUCGACCGACACAACAUCAUGUUUCGUGGAUAGUGAUUAUCCCAAAAAAUAAGAAAAUAAAUAAAUCUUUGUCCGGCUGGUUAGAUUGCUGCUACGACAGUUAGAGCUAGAUAGUUACAACUAUCGGCUGUUGCCUCAGGGAAAAGUUUGUCUGAUGAUAUUGUGUAUGUGGUGUUUAGGCGUGUGUGUGGCGUAAGCUUACAAUCAUGAGACGGAGAUUGUUUUUGAAGCUCUAGGAUUCACUGUGAUUUGUAAUCAUACUAAAAAACAGCAUAAGUAAGCUAAAAGUCAAACUUUUUAACGAUUACCCUAAGAUUUUCAUUCCCUAGCGUAUGUUCAUUAAUAAUAUAAACUCCUCUUAUGAAAUGGUUUGCAUUACCAUACAAUGCAGUAGAGAUCUUAAAAAGUACAUACCCAUUUAAUGGCUACAUUUAAAUAAUAGUCAUCGGUGUUAAAACAUUGCUUGAUUAAUAUGAACCUUGUGUGCAGUUUUUUUUUUUCUUUCUUCAGGGCUAAUUCGAUAUUCUACAGAUGGUAGCAAUAUAGAUAUAGGAGAACAAUGUUUAGUUGAGUGUUUUUGAAUGAAAAUCCUUCAGAUGGCCAUAAUAGCAGGACAGAAAUGUAAAGACAUGAGAAAGAUGCUUUUUGUAUUCACUAUAUAAACCAAGCCUCAUACCGUUUUGUCACAACCUAUCAUUUCAACACCAGCCGCAUAAGCAAGGGUUUUAGGAUGUUACUUUUCAACAUCACUACAUAUCAUAUCACCUUUUCUGUUGACACGGUGCAUGCUCUCCCCUCACGCAGGCCUGGGUCGCCCCCUUGUGGACAAACCUUGUAAAUACCACUUGCUAAGUCUGUACAUAGUUAGAGAUUAAUGUAGGCAAAAUACUAAGAGAAUUCAAUUGUUUGAUGGAAAGAUGCUCUGGAGAUACAGCACUAUAUGCAAUUAGGAGAAGGACUCUUAGGUUGUAUUUAACUAGGACGGGCAGAGGUGGCAGUCCUGGUGACGUGGCUAAGUUGUUUCAAGGAGCAGUGAAGAAAACUCAGAAUUAGGUUUGUCCCUUUCACAACAAAGUCACACAUUCAAAUAAGAUCAAUGUCAUAUCCAAAAAGAUGCAGUUUUUAGUCCAACUAUUUGGUUUGAUGCUAAAAUGAACAUUAGUGCAAUGCUUGGACUCAGAAACCUUAAGAUGUCUACCUGCAAAGGCCCCAUGUGACCGAACAUUCCCAGUGGUGGUUGUGUUGUCCAUUCCAACUGGCUGAGUCUCAUGCAUGCUCCACACACACACAAACACACACAACAGUAGUGUGUUCAAUUCAAUCUUAACUCUCCGGAACCUGACAACUCAGUCCGUCACCACAGGAAGUGUGCCCUCUCUGCCCGUUCCAAGCUUAUGGAUGUAUGUUCUAUUCUCUCUCUCUUCUAAAGUCAAUCGAUAAGCUUUUGACAAUUAUACAGUAUAUCCAUAAUGUUUUUAUUUUGGUGAAAAUCUCUCUUCUUUUUUUUCUUCCUGUGUUUUGUUCUGUUCAAGAUUGUCGAUCAAUGUGUUUCAGAGUUUGCUUUCUAGCUUGUGCUUGGCUCGCUGCACUGGGACGUCAUUUAAAUGAAGCAGGAAUGAGCAAAGUGGACUCCUGGAGACUUUUCUGUCUCCAGAAGUGCAAAUGAACAAGCUCCCCUUGUUCUCGUGAUUUCAGUGAAAACAUAAUAGCCAUUUUCAAACUAACGAUGUGGCUUUAACUUCAUGUGCAGACAGGGAAGGGACACUGGCAACCGUUCUCUUUCUUUUUUCCUACUGGAAUAACUUGUCAGUGCGGCCAUGUUUCACCUGGAUCCGUCACCUGAGGGGAAGGAACACGGCAGAGCUGAGUCUCUGUUAACGGAAAAGCGGUCCCAAGCUCUGUAUUCAAAAUGAGAAAAAAAGCUGCAUCUGCUUUUCUAGAAGCACGGUGUCAAACACAAUCGAGUGAUCAUGAACUAACACUGCCUCAACGGACCGACACAGGAUUUAGCCAAUGGACACUAUCGCAACAGCAUGGGCGUGCCUCUUCAUUCAUCACCCAACCAUCUAACCGCCUCUUCUUCUGCAAUAGCCAAUUACAGCAGGAUUACUCUUCAUAGCUUUAACUUGACAGCCAUUCAGGCUCUGCUUUUUCUGGGAAACAGUGGCGCACCAAGGGCUGAUGGGAGUUUGGCGAGAAAGCUGCUUUGGGAAUCGGACGUUUUCGAAGACACGCAUGACGAUACAGAAAUGACGGCUUCUGUCCCUCCCAGAAAAAAAAUCCGAGUGGACAUCCAGAAGAACUGUGUAUAAAAUGUAUUUUCGCCACAGGCAGACGAAGUAACGCGGUGUACAGACAGAGGGCGCUGUGACUGAUGAGACGUCGCCUCCUAAAACCCAAAGUGUGACUUUACUUUUCUCACUACUUUGUGUGUUUCUCUCGCAUUGCAGCUCUUGACAUUUUUACAAAAUAGUUGUUGAAUGACAUACAAAAAAAAAAGUGGACUUUUUACUUAUAACAUCAACACCUACAUCUGUUAGAAAAGGAAUGCAGGAUGGGAUGAAGGCGGGGAGAGUCUGCUCUGUUGCCAGGGUUCCGAGAGUGAAACCUCACCGAUCUAACUUUGCUAUGCUGCUUGUGAACACGUUGCUGAUUCUCCUCUGUGGGUAAUUUCUUAAAUUUCCAUCAUUUUUAGCUUGUUCAUGGAGAACGCUGUGCCUGCAUGACAUGUCUGGCUUUAGCGUUUUGACACUUAACGUUAACACAAGGACAGUAGACUAUGUGAGGAGAUGUUAAAAUGGACCUGAGCAAUGUGGACGUCUCUCCCCCCCCCCCCCUCUCACCCCUCCUCCCCUCAACCCAGGUCAGCAGCUCCACCUCAGUAGCCUUACUAACGGAAACCUCACUCAGCUGGAAACAUUGAACAGAUACCUCAGUAAUUUACAGAAAUACUUAUUACCAUAGCUUUUAAGGGAACCAAACAUAAACUCUCACACACACAGACACACUACAACUCUCUCCUCAGUCUUUGCAGUGUUAUGACGUCUCUCUCUCUCAAACACACAUACAGUAAACCAGUUGCCAGUUGUUUUAUGAUGUAGAAGAUUGUCCAGCAGAAUCCUAUUGCCAGUAGGCCAGUCAGUUUAUAAGGUGGAUCCCAAUGUUUCUAAAUGUUAACGAUCACUCUCCAGUUUUUCUGCUUUACUCACGUGAUCCUUGUCUCUGCCUCAUUCUGAACUUUCAGUCUUUGUCGUCUCUACGAACAGGCGACGUGCGUAUAACCAAACAUACUACCUCUCCCUCCUGCACAUACAUACAAGCAUAUGUUUAAUUUUUUUGUCGAAGCAUGACUCUUUUUUUUUUUUAUUCUUAUGAGGCAUCCGUUUGAAUUUUAACACUAAUUUAGGAAGGUUUUUUUGUGUAUAUGUACAGUUUAUUCCUUUUUAUAUCUUUUCUCUUUUCAAAUGCUGGAUCAUUUUUACCUCAGAUCUCACUACAAGCCUACAAAUCUUAAAGUCAGUUCAUCAGAGGCCUCUUGGGCAUCACCACCCAACUGGACUGGCAAAAAUAAAUUUGAGAGUCUCUGCAUGGCUGUGUUCACAUAGCAGCUAAAAGAGCCCAGCUUCUUAAUUUAUGUGACACAAUUCAACCUAAAAAAAAAAAAGAUGAUGCAUCCUUCAAUAGAGAAGUUAACUAGACAUCAGUAUAUACUCCAAAACUGUUAUAGUAUAGUCUAUAAAUUUGGUUAUACACUUGAGUUUGUAGUGAGACAAUGACGUGAACAAGUCAAAGAGAAGAGCAGCUGAGGCUAAAUACUUAAUUACAUCCAGGACACGGUUAGCUCAGUUACAGAUCAAAUAUAGAUGUAACAUUAAUGAUACCUCUUUUAAACCAAAACAAGCAGGUCCAAGCAACUUAUUUUAACACGAGUAAACCUGCUCAAAAGGGCGAGUGACUCAUUUCUCAUUGCCAACAGAGAAGUCCAUCUUUCUUUCUUAUCUUUCCCCCGGUGCAUCAUAAACGUCAUCACAAACGCACUGAAAACAGAGAUAUCUUACCCCAAAUUUAGAUUAAAUUAGAAUUAAAAGAGACAAUGGGUUGAGGAAGUCUUUGCUCAGAUCACGCUGGGACCGAGAUGAAAGCUGUUAUGUGAACACAGCAUGAAACCUCAGUGGAUGUGACGAGACGUGUGUCCAGACCAACGAUGCACUGAACAGAUUUGGAGGAAACGGGAGGCAGGCGGUCCUGCCUCAGCAAAGCAGAGCCUGCAAAAAUACUUUGAGGCCACUAUACUAACAUGUCACAGUAAAAUGCCACCUGAUUGGCAGAGGACUCGUUUGUUCUCUGGGUUUUUUAUGUUUAGAGCUGAAUCAAUGUCUCACAGUUCAACACCCUCCACCAGGAGAGUCCGAACGCUCGGCUUGAUGAAAGUGGAGUCAUCGAUACGUACUUAUUCAAACUAAAAAAAGGGAGUGGUAGUUAAACUUCGAUAAUUGCUCUGUCCUAACAUCUGAAAUGUAAAAAGUACUGAGCCCGAUGUCCUUCACUCGGUCUCGUCCUGUGCGUUUCUCUGUGGCUGUUUUCCUUUAAAGGUCUGAAAGGCUUUGUAACAUUGGGAUCCUGUUUUAGAUGUUCUUGAUACAGAUAGUGUGUAAUGUAGUUUUGUUCGGCUCAGCCCCCCCCCGUUUCUCAGCACUCUGCCUUCUUCUAACCUCUCACUCAGCUUCCACAUCACCAGGCCUUCAACACAUAUGCUGUGAAUGACACACGGAGCCUUCAGCGAUCACUCUUUGUAUAAUGAUGAUAUCACCUCUCAGCUCACAGCAUGACGACCUCACGGCUCCUCUAAGGUUCAUUUAACACGCUCAGCUGCUGUUGAUGAACAGAUAUGCAAAUAUCACAGAGUUCAUUCAGUGCGAAUAAAUAUUUCAUAAUGUAAUGAUCAAUGUUUUUUUGGAAUCAAGGUAGUCAUUGGGAAGAUGUGGCACGUUGGGAAAAAAAGAUGAAAUAAUACGAUGUGACACCCAAUCUGCCAAUAUAGAAGAAAGAUUAUUUGUUGUUUAAUGUUGAUAAUGUUAUUAGCUGUAUCUAGAAAAAUGACGGACCGAAUGAAUUACAGACUGAAAAUUGAAUCUUAGAUGGUUUGACAGAUUGUGAGUGAUAGUGGCCGUAAUUAAAGUGCCCAUAUUAUGUCUUUUUUUUGUUUUGUAUAAAGUUAAAGAAAACCCCUUGGUAGUUACUUUGCAACUACGUCACCAAGUAACAGGUAAAACUUGUUUGCAGUGGUGGUUCAGGUGUAUCACUCGAUCGCAACUGUUGCUGUAGCAACAGAGCUGAUUAGGAAGCAUCUGUGUAAGAGACGGAACAUUAAGCAGUUGACCGAUCACAAAAGAGUUGGCCCGCUGAGCUGUUUCAGAUAGGGCUACAGCAGCCUAGGUUCUGAAACAAGUGACGUAUAAUUGGAAUAUUACGGCAUGUGAAGAUAAUCUAGGAGACCCCAAAUACAAAUGAUGAACCUGAAUCUGUAAAUGACACAAUGUGGGCACUUAAAGGUCCUUGGCUCCUGCUGAUUGGUUGAACCGGCAGGAGGCGGUGGAUAGAAAGUUUCUCUUCUGCCAGAGCAGAUGAGCAGAUUCUAUCAAGGAUACGUCGUCAUCUGUCGCUCUGGUUGCAUUUCUCUGCUACCUCUUUAAAUAUGCGCUUGCUCAUACACGCAUGCACUUAAACAGCUGCACUCACACAUGAAGAUACACUUCUGCUGACUGACUGAAAAGGUCAGACAGUGAACACAACACACACUCGCUGAUCAACCCACACACGGCUCACGUGUGUGCACUUCUUUCUCCCUCACCAGCAGUUAUUGCCAAUGAUGCACUUGUGUAUUUGUCUCUAAAUGCUCUGCAAAGCGUGUGAUGUCAAAAAUAAUGAUCUGUUGUCAUCUUUUUUUUUAACUCUGAUCUCUAUAGUAAGACCUGGACUAGCCAGGUGGUUAGAAAUGAAUUGAACAUUAAUUAGUUCAGUACAUACAGAAAGUUUCAUGUCUUUAAAAAAGAAAAAAAACAAAAACAUAAAUGCACAUAUUGCUCAGCUCAGUUGUACCUUGGUGUGCCUAGAACCCACAGCCUUAUUUUGGGACAAUAUCAGGGGUUUUAAAGCAGAAUACAGGACAAUCCGCCCUCGUAUUACUGGUGACAGUUUCAUUGAGUUAUAGUAGCUGUUUUUCCUCUCUUCAUAUCCACAUAUUUGCUAAUUUCUUAAAUUGUUGUAUCAGUUGUAGGAGUCGGCAGUAGCGUGCUCGUGGGAGUUGUUGUCUGUGGUUCUCUGCUGGUUGUUCUUUUAUUUAUUCCCCUUGAUGUUUUCCAUUUUUUUCCCCAGAAACAUAUAAACCCUAUCUGGUUUCUAAAAAUAUACUCGUUUUGAUUCGUGCUGAUGCAACAGUUUAAAAUGAAAGAUUUUGAUUAAUUAUAGAACAUCCAGCAGCAGACUGUGGCCUCCCACGGCACAGCCUACUCAUCAUUAGGAGAACAAAAUUAGAAAUGCUUCAAAUCAGAGUUUAUCUCAGUAGAGUCCCAAGAUAAGAUCCCUUUACCCCUCACCCAUGCACACCACAUUGCAGUAAAACCCACCAGACCUCAGUGCUUCUAGCAGAAACUUGUCUUUUAAACAUAUACAGUUGCCAUGGCAUCGCUGUUGAUGGCAUCAUCAAUAGCCCCAUACCAUAAUAAAUAGUGUUAUACAUACAGUACCUUAACCAAUGUCUCUCUUUGUGGUUAAAAAAUCACCGCCUGUUCUUUGUGUUGCUCUUUUUUUCUUUUUUUGCUCUUCUCUUUGAAGUUGAUCCAUUGUACUUUGAUUACAUGCAUUGUAUGUAGUAAAAUACUGAUGAUGUUUUGGGGAAAUCACAAAUAAAACAGCUGUACAUAAUGAUGCAAAACGC